UCGCGCUCUCUCUCUCUCUCUCUCUCUCUCUGUGUGUAUUUUCUUCGAGUUUCUGACAAGAGGGAGAUUGAACAAUGAGAAAACCAUGCUGUGAUAAGGAAGGCACCAACAAGGGCGCUUGGUCCAAGCAAGAAGACCAAAAGCUCAUCGAUUACAUCCGAACCAACGGCGAAGGCUGUUGGCGUUCCCUCCCCAAGGCUGCAGGGUUGGAUCGUUGUGGCAAAAGUUGUAGGCUUAGAUGGAUAAACUAUCUCAGGCCAGAUAUCAAACGUGGUAACUUUGGUCAAGAUGAAGAGGACCUCAUCAUCAAGCUCCAUGCCCUCCUAGGCAAUCGGUGGUCUCUAAUAGCCGGAAGGUUGCCCGGACGGACAGACAAUGAGGUAAAGAACUACUGGAACUCUCACAUCCGGCGAAAGCUAAUAAGCAUGGGUAUCGAUCCAAAUAACCAUAGACUAAACCAGAUUCCUCUCCGGCCGCCACCCAAGUGCGGCGUUUCUGCAUCUGCAACGUCCUCUGAAUCGACGAAUAACGAGUGUAAGCCGUUGAAAUCCUCUGGAAAUGAUACUGAUAAUAGGGUUUCCGACUCUUUGGACUUGAAUCUUGAUCUCACAAUUGCGUUUCCUUCUCCUCCGGCUACCUCCUUGGAAGAGAAUAAGCAACGAAUUUCAAAGACCCAGAUGAAAAGGCAAGUGGAAAGUAGUGAACCUGUUCCUACGCUCCUCCUUUUUUAGACAACAUGGUACCUAAUAUUCAUAGAUCGAAUGAUCAUAAUGUUCUUUACUGCCAAUCCUGGAAUAUCGGAGAAAGCAAGAUUCAUAAGUGGAAACUGUUUGGAUGGAGAAUUUUUAUUUUGGUACCGGCAAACAGAAGCCCAUUAAUAUAACCUAGCCUGGAUGGAUAUCGAUUUACAUAAAAUAGACGAAGUUUAUGGAUCGAUCCAAGUCUAUUUGAAUACUUUUAUGUAAUCUUUCAGACUGUACAGCUCAGAAGAAUAGCAUAUAAAUGAGAGAUGGAGUACGCAACUAGCUAGCUACUAGUGCAAUCAACAAAAAAUUGAUGACAGACACAGGGUCUUUUGCAUGUAUUCCAGAUCUCAAAACUAAUGUAGGAUGAUCUUGGGAUUAUGGUACAUAUGGAUAUGUUAUUCUGUAGCACUAGUACUCCUGAUUGAUUAUAUAUAUUUAUAUAAAUAUUGAAAAUUCAGCAUUUGAAUUUA